AUGAGCUUGUCAGAUGGGAAAUCACCACCUCAAGGCAGAGAGAGAACAGACCCAGAACUGGCGUCCGGUUCAGAACGUAACAGUUCGGAUGCUUUAGGGGUAGCCAACGGCUCGCCGCACAAGGUGUCACUUGAUCAAGCCGGGAACCCAGCAAACGAACAGUCCCCUCUCCUCCGAGCCUCCCAGAGCGACGACGAAGGGGAUGGCUUGCUGGAUGAUGGCACCGCCCUGGACCACCAUGAUGAGUACCAAGUAACCAAGAGCGUUUGGUACCUUAUUAUUCUAACGAUAAGUCUUGGGGGAUUACAGAUAGCAUGGUCUGUGGAAUUAUCAAACGGCUCGCCAUACCUGCUGUCGCUUGGACUGAGUAAGUCUUUGAUGGCUUUGGUAUGGAUUGCUGGGCCACUGUCUGGAACUCUAGUUCAACCGUAUGUUGGCGUUCGAAGUGAUAACUGUAGGAUUCCAUGGGGCAAGCGAAAGCCGUUUAUUCUUGGGGGAGCAGCAGCAACGAUAGUUUCCCUUCUAGCCUUGGCCUGGACGAAAGAGGUAGUCAGUGGAUUUCUAGGCAUUUUCGGGGCCAAAAAGGACGACCCUGGUGUGAAAGUAACCACCAUCGUCGUUGCUGUCCUUUUCGUCUACGUUUUGGACUUUGCUAUCAAUACUAUCCAAGCCGCGAUUAGAGCUUUUAUGGUCGAUUGUGCCCCAACACAUCAGCAAGAGGCGGCAAACGCCAUGGGAAGCCGAAUGACUGGAAUCGGAAACAUAAUUGGGUAUUGCUUUGGCUACAUCAACCUCCCAAGGUAUAUGUGGUUCUUUGGAGAUACCCAAUUCAAGGUACUCUGCGUGAUUGCGAGUAUCUGCCUGUCGAUUACUGUGGCGAUUAGCCUCAUCUUCAUUAAAGAGAGAGACCCACGCGAAGAAGGUCCACCUCUUCGUGACAAGGGAGGAGUCGUUUCCUUCUUUAAGGGUGUCUUUAACUCGAUCAAAAGCCUACCACCACAAACUCGCAAAGUCUGCGAGGUUCAGUUCUUUGCCUGGAUCGGAUGGUUUGGAUUCCUAUUCUACUUAUCAACAUGGGUGGCAGAACUCUAUGUUGAGCCAUUUGUCGAAGCCAACCCAGACCUAACCCCGGAAGAAAUCGACCGCCUGUAUGAGAAAGGCACUCGCAUUGGCACGUUUGCACUUCUCGUAUGGGCCAGCGUAUCUUUGGCUGCUAAUGUUCUCCUUCCGUUCUUCAUUGCGCCAACCUACGAUGCCCCGUUUGUCCCAUCCGCCGGUCAAGUGACCCAAAGUAUCCAUUCACAAAGCUCAUCGUCAAGCUACACGACCCGUUUCGACCGCUUCCUCGAACGCCUCGUCAUUCCGUGGCUUUCGCUGCGCCGCGCGUGGACCAUUAGCUUAAUCAUGUUUGGCCUCUGUAUGUUCUCAACCCUCAUAGUUCCCAACCCCACUAUCGCCACCAUAGUCGUCGGGAUCGUGGGUAUACCAUGGGCUCUCACUAUCUGGGCACCCUUCGCCAUUAUUUCAGCCGAAAUCUCCAAGCGCGACGCUCUUCGCCGCGCACAGGCACUGAACGUAGCCUCGGGCGGCCGAGUUGAUACACUAUCCCGCGAUGACAACGGCGACCAGGCAGGUGUCAUCCUCGGCAUCCACAACGUUUCUAUCGCCGCGCCACAGGUCCUUGCCACGCUCGGCUCGUCCCUGAUAUUUAAGUUUCUCCAGAAGCCGCGAGGGACCCCGGGCGAUAUGAGUAUGCCUGCGUCGCUAGCUGCUGGUGGUAUUUUUGCGUUCAUAGCGGCGUAUAUGGCAAGUAGACUUGCUGAAGAUGGUCCCGUUGAGGGCCUGGAAGCUGCGAGAGUCUUGGCUGCGCGUAGCGGGGGGAGGAGGGAGACUAAUGCGAGCCAGAAUAGGAGGAGUUUGAGCCGAAGCCGAAGCUUUGAAACUGGCUUAACUUACUAG